AUGUCAAAAACUUUAACGAAAGCUCAGCAGAAUUAUAGCCAGAUUGAAAAGGAAGCGCUAGCUUUGGUUACUGCUGUAGAACGCUUUCGAAAGUUUAUUUUUGGUCGUCAUUUUGUUUUGCAGACAGAUCAUCGUCCUCUUCUAGCUCUUUUUAGGACUACAAAAGGCCUGGAUACUCGCACGGCGAACCGUCUUAAACGAUGGGCUCUACGUUUAAUUGGAUACGAUUUUGAAAUCGAAUACGUCAAAACGGAGAAUUUUGGACAAGCCGAUGCGCUAUCAAGACUCAUCCAAGAAGAUCGACAAGAAGUUGAUCCAGAUUUGGAAGAAGUGAUUGCUUCUCUUCAAGAAGAGGAAACCGAAAUUUUUCAAAUGACUCAAGAGUCUAUCAAGCUUCUUCCUCAAGUUAAUCGCCAGCAAUUACAACAAGCAAUUUUUAGUGACGGAGUUCUUGCUGAGGUCAUAGAUCGCUUGCAAACUGGCUGGUUGAGAUCCGAUGCUAAGGAUAAACAAUUACUUCCGUAUUAUCGUCGACGCGAGCGUUUAUCUGUUGUUGAAAAGAUUUUAGUUUCUGAUGACAGAGUUGUAAUUCUUCGGAGUAUGCGCCAUAUUGUUUUAAAAACUCUUCACAUAGCACAUCCAGGAAUUCGUCGAAUGGUUCAACUUGCACGACGAUACUUUUAUUGGCCCGCUAUGCAUGAUGACAUAGAAGCUUUUGUGAAGAACUGUAAUCAUUGCAGUCAAACUGCAGCAACUCCUCCAAAGGAACCUCUUCAUCCACGGUCUGAUUCUAAGAAAUCGUGGACUCAAAUACAUAUUGAUUUUGCAGGACCCAUUCAUAAUCAAUGGAUUCUCAUUGUUGUUGACAGUUAUUCUAAGUUUGUCGACGCUGCAUGUUUUUCAACAAUUACAACGGCUGCAACAUGUCGAUAUCUUCGUAGACUAUUUUGUCGAUAUGGUCCACCAGAAGUUCUUGUAUCUGACAACGGAACGCAAUUUACCUCUGUGGAUUUUGCUCAAUUAUGUUCUGAUUUUAAUAUUCUUCAUCUUCGUAGUCCUCCUGGUCAUCCUCAAUCAAACGGACAAGCUGAGAGAAUGGUGGGCACGAUGAAACGUUCUAUGUGUGUGGAUUCAACUUCACCAUUAGAAGAAGAACUUAACCGUUUUGUAUUAUCCGAGCAUAUAAAAGCUGAUUCGGAGGUUCAACAGUAUCGUCGGUGUCUGAAACAUUACAAUCAACCGUGGCAGCAGACACAUAUUGACGGUCCUGCACCGUUUGUAAAGAAUUGCAGCGAAUGCCGUCGAGAGGCUACAGUAGCUAUUAUAGAGGCCGGUUCUAAUCCAUGGAGCUCCGUGGCAGGAUAA